CUAAUUUUCUGCGCAACAAAAAGCGUGUUUGGUAAACGAGAUACGAAAGAAAACUCAUAGAAAAAGAGAAAAAGAGAGAAAACAAAAAACGAUAACACACUUUUCAAAUUUCAUUGAUUCACCUUUGAAAAAACGCUCUCAAAAAUCUUCAUCUCCUUCAAGCUGAUCGUGAAUUCGUGAUUAUAUAAGAGAGAAUCGUUGAUUAAGAAGCGUGGUUUAUUUUUAUUUUUAAUUUUGUUUUUGUUGAGCAUUGAGAACAACUUGAACAAUGUCUGCAACUAUGAGAACAGCUACAUGGGCAGAUUCUGCUGACAAUGCAGCUAAUGCUUCAUCCACCGCGCGCCCGGUCAAGCCGGCUUAUGUUCCUCCGCAUCUUCGUAACCGAUCAAUGGCUGCUCCGGCCGAGCCACCUUCUUUGGUGGCUAAUGAUAGGGGUUUGGGUAAUAAUUGGGGUAGUUCGUCGAAUUUUAAGCAGGAUUUUGGGGCUGGGAGACAAGUAGGUGGAGGUUAUGGUGGUGGUGGUGGUGGGUUUGGUGGGUUUAACAGAGGAGGAGCAGGGAAUGGAAGGGAGCGCGUGGGUGGAGGUGGAGGAAGACGUGAGGCAAAUCCAUUUGAGAACGAUGUUGAUGAACCGUUUACUGAGCAAGAGAAUACGGGGAUUAACUUUGAUGCUUAUGAUGAUAUUCCUGUGGAGACGAGUGGGGAGAAUGUUCCGCCUCCGGUGAAUACGUUUGCGGAAAUAGAUUUAGGUGAUGCGUUGAAUCAGAAUAUAAAGAGAUGUAAGUACGUGAAACCGACACCGGUUCAGAGGUAUGCUAUACCGAUUUCGCUUGCUGGGAGAGAUUUGAUGGCUUGUGCUCAGACGGGUUCAGGAAAGACAGCUGCAUUUUGCUUUCCGAUUAUAAGCGGAAUCCUUACGGAGCAGUAUGCUCAAAGACCACGUGUGGCACGGACUGCUUAUCCUCUUGCACUUAUCCUGUCCCCUACCCGGGAGCUCUCUUGUCAGAUACAUGACGAGGCCAAGAAGUUUUCUUAUCAAACUGGGGUCAAGGUCGUAGUUGCUUAUGGAGGAGCACCGAUCACCCAACAGUUGCGGGAGCUUGAGAGAGGUGUUGAUAUUCUGGUGGCAACUCCAGGACGAUUGGUGGAUUUGCUUGAGAGGGCUAGGGUGUCAUUGCAGAUGAUAAGAUAUCUAGCUCUUGAUGAAGCAGAUCGGAUGCUGGAUAUGGGUUUUGAGCCUCAAAUAAGAAAGAUAGUUGAACAAAUGGACAUGCCUCCUCCAGGCAUGAGACAGACGCUGCUGUUUAGUGCUACAUUUCCCAAAGAGAUUCAGAGACUUGCUUCAGAUUUUCUUGCUAGUUAUAUCUUUCUGGCUGUUGGAAGGGUUGGUUCAAGUACCGAUCUAAUUGCUCAAAGAGUAGAAUAUGUGCUGGAGUCUGACAAGAGAAGCCACCUCAUGGACCUCCUUCAUGCUCAGAGAGAAAAUGAUGUGAAUGGCAAGCAAGGUCUGACUUUAGUGUUUGUGGAAACGAAGAAAGGUGCUGAUGCAUUGGAACACUGCUUGUGUGUUAACGGGUUUCCUGCAACUUGCAUUCAUGGCGACAGAACACAGCAAGAAAGAGAACAAGCAUUGAGAUCAUUCAAGACUGGAAACACACCAAUUCUAGUGGCAACAGAUGUUGCAGCACGUGGUCUUGAUAUUCCGCGGGUAGCACAUGUGGUAAACUUUGAUCUUCCCAAUGACAUUGAUGAUUAUGUGCACCGGAUAGGAAGAACAGGACGAGCUGGUAAAAUGGGAUUAGCAACAGCCUUCUUCAAUGACAGUAAUUUGUCAAUGGCUAAACCAUUGGCUGAUCUGAUGCAAGAGGCAAAUCAAGAAGUACCUGCAUGGCUCACCCGUUAUGCAGCAAGGACUCCUUAUGGUGGUGGUAGAAACAAGCGGACUGGGGGAGCCCGGUUUGGUGGCCGUGAUGUUAGGAAGGAGAGCUCAUAUAAUAAAGGAAAUGAUUACUAUGGUGGAAACGGUGGUGGUUAUGGUGUUCCUGCCAGUUAUGGCGGAGGGUAUGGUCAAGGUGUAACUAGUGCUUGGGAUUAGAUUAGUGCGACAUCGCUAAUUGAUUCUCAUGUUGGGUGUACAUAAAACUUCAGACUUAACGUUGUAAAGUUGUAUUUUCUCAACCAUGGUUUUCCUAAAUCCAUGCAUUCCUUACUACAGGAAAUCUUUGUCAAUGAUCCACAACUGGUUUGCUUUUGCUGGUUAGGCACAUAGGUUUGAAAUUCUGUAGAAGAGGGAUGGUGUAAACUAUAUUGUUUUGGAGACUCAAGGGGGCAGAUAUUACUGGUUUAUGUUGUGGGUAGUAUGCAGUGUUUUGAAUUUGAUAGGGUUCUUAGCUUUUGACUCGGGAGUUAACCCUAAUUAGCAUGCACAUAUUAAUUUGAUUUUUCUGUCAACUGAUCAUAUCCCUACACUUAAUUAAUAAUUACCUAA